AUGAUUAUCGUGAUUUCACUGGGGACGGUCGUAUCAUCGAUCAUCAUCGCUAUUCAAAAGCGAGGCAGACUUGGUGAGAGGCUAUCGAAGCGAGUGCUCAGAAUCGCUAAAAUUCUCGCCUGUAUCACAUGUGCGACGGUGCCGCCACACAUUGAAAAAGAACGAUUUAUGGAAGCAUUCGACGUGUCGAUGCGAACAGCAGAGCUGGUAAAGCCGUCGAAGGCGACGACGGAGGCGUCAAAGAAGUGGAUGCACCUACGACGUGCCAAAAGCGGUGUCGCCGUGGUCUCCAACAAGAGCACUGAUCCCCACAUACACACUGCGAGCCCUGCAACAGAGAAGUCUACGGCCGUGAUGCCGUUGCCCACGCUUCCUUCUAGAGAUCUCUUCAACGACGAUAUACAUAGCGAUGGUUCGUCUCGACCCGCCACUGGAGAUUUGCCGAUACAAGCCGAUAAGGGCAACGUGUUCCAGCAACUUAAUACGCCCGUCCGGCAGAACAGACAACUGGCGUUAGCGGAAUUCGAAUGGCUGGCGAGUGUGGUGGAGCGAAGCUGCUUCGUGAUCUUCGUGCUUUGUUUCCUUGUCAUCACCGUGGGAAUCAAUUUCGUUGGAUUCAUACACUGGUACUCGGCCGGCCUUGAACAUUACGGCCGUUGA